AUGAGAAGCAAGGCUACAUCGUCUGCCCUCAGCUCAUAUAACGACACCGCCUAUGCGUACAACCUCGGCACAUUCCACCGCGCCGUGAGUACUUCAAGCCAAGAUGCCCAGGUCUGGUUCAACCGCGGCCUAACGUGGGCGUAUGCCUUCAACCAUGAGGAGUCAGCGAGGUGCUUCCGGAAAGUCAUUGAGUAUGAUCCCUUCUGCGCCAUGGCUUAUUGGGGGCUCGCAUUCGUCCUUGGGCCCAACUAUAACAAGCCAUGGAAGGUCUUUGAUGGAGAGGAUCUUGCCGAUACGACCAAACGCGCACAUCAUACGAUCAUGCAGGCAAAGAGCCACUCAGGGAAGGCUACGCCGGUCGAGAUUGCGCUCAUCGAUGCACUGUCUUGCCGUUAUCCGCAAGAGAAGCCGGCGGAAGAUUGCUCUAAGUGGAAUGAGGAUUAUGCCCAAGCCAUGGACUCGGUGCUUCAAGCCUACCCCGAUGACCUCGACGUGGUCGCCUUGUGGACAGAUGCCACGAUGAACGUCACGCCUUGGAAGUUGUGGGACUACAGGACUGGAAAGCCAACGCCAGGCGCCAGGACGUUGGAGAUCAAAGACGUGAUGGACCGCACAUUCAGGCUAAGAGGCUCUUUGCAACAUCCAGGCCUACUUCACUUAUAUAUCCAUCUGAUGGAAAUGUCGCCAACUCCGGAAGCCGCCUUGACUAUAGCUGAUAAUCUCCGCGGGCUUGUCCCAGACGCGGGGCAUCUCGAGCAUAUGCCCACGCAUCUAGACAUCAUAUGUGGAGAAUACCGUCGCGCCAUCGCUUCCAACUCUGACGCGAUCCGUGCCGACUCUAAGUUUCUCGCUCGCGAGGGUCCUCUCAACUUCUACACGCUGUAUCGGUCUCAUGACUUCCACUUCAGGCUAUAUGCCGCCAUGUUGUGCGGUCAGUCCCGGGUAGCCCUCAUAACGGUGGAAGAGCUCGAGUCGACCAUAUCCGAAGAUCUACUACGAGUCGAGUCACCACCAAUGGCAGACUGGCUCGAGGGUUUUCUCGGUAUGCGAAUGCACGCUCUGAUACGCUUUGGACGUUGGGAAGCUAUUCAUGCUCUUGAACUCCCGCGAGACCCCAAGCUUUACUGCUCAACCACCGCCAUGACACAUUAUGCAAAGGGUAUAGCCUACGCUGUGCAGGGCCGAAUUGAAGAGGCGGAAAAGCAGCGCGUAUUAUUCGCCGAGGCAGUUAAACGGGUACCGGAAUCGCGCUCAGUCUUCAACAAUACUUGCCUGUCAAUUCUCUCCAUUGCCGAGGCUAUGCUGGAUGGAGAGUUGGCGUACCGAAAGAAGGAUUACGACGUCGCUUUCGCCUAUCUGCGCAAGGCCGUGGAGAGAGACGACGCCUUGCCCUACGAUGAGCCUUGGGGCUGGAUGCAACCAGCACGACACGCGCUCGGCGCGCUGCUGCUGGAGCAGGGUCAUGUCGAGGAGGCAGCGGCUGUCUAUAGUGCAGACCUGGGAGUUGACGAAACCUUGCCCCGGGCUCUGCGGCACCCCAACAAUGUUUGGGCACUCCACGGAUUCUACGAGUGUCUGAUGAAGUUGGGCAGGGUUGACGAGGCCAAGAUCCUCAAGCCGCAGCUCCAGCUAGCUCUAGCCGUGGCGGAUGUUCCUGUCAAGUCUUCCUGCUUCUGUCGCUUGAAGACGGUCGAUUGA